CGGCAUCCUACGAUUUGUAAACAAAUAUAGAAGCGUUUAUUUGAUCCAAAUUUUCAUACUAUUUUAAUAAUUUCUAAGUGUACGUAUGUACAAUUACGAUUGUUAAUACGUGAAUCAGAACUUUGUUUCUAAGUUCGUGUAAAUCAGAUCAGUCACAUGAAGAGUACGUUAUAUUUUAACCAUAUUAAUGAUUUUAUGUAGCAAAUAAAUCUGUUUCGUAAUUUUCACAGUUAAAAUUUUAUCGUGACGCUUGUUUGUUAAAAAUCAUGUUACUGUGUCGAGCUGUUCGAAUAUUAUUGAGGAGGGCUGGCCCUGUAAUGUAUGCUACAAGUUUUGUGUUCAAUAAUCACUCGGAGAGUAAGAAACCUAUGCCUGAAGAUAAAUUAAAUCUUGAACCCCCUGAUAUUAAAAAAUUAACUAUUGAAUAUAUGAUACAGCAAUCGACAAUAGAUUCUAUAAACAAUGCAACUCAAACAUUAACUAUUGUGCAUAUGGCUGUAAUGAGAACAAGUAGCGAGUAUAAAACAUUGUUAAAUUUAUUGAUCUCUCUUUUGAGGGAAUCUUUGGAAUAUAAUUUAAAUGAUAAACAUUUGGACAUGAUAGUCGAAGUAAGAUCAAAAGUACAGAGUGAAAAAGAAAAGCUAAACAAAUUAACAGGGUACAUUCAAUAUGUACAGAAUCUGGCAGUAGCAGCAUCAGAUCUAAGUUAUCUAUCUGGAAUGGACAAUUUAUCAUUUAGUCUUUCACAACAACUUGACGACGUAUUAAAACGUAUAAAGACAGAAGUUGACCAUAUCGAAAUGCUCGAGGGAGAGUACUGUGAUAUACAAGAACAAUGCAUUAGAAAUUCGAGUAAAACAAAUGAUAACAAUGUUCCUCCAUAGAAUAUAUAUUAAAAGGUAACCUUUCAUCUUAUUAUUUUCUUUCUUAAUGAAUUUAUUUGUAUUAAAUAAAUUUUCUAAAUAGUUAAGUAACAGACGAACUAUA